AUGCCCCUCUCAGCAACCCAAAUGCGCAACCUCGCCCUCGCCUGGCAGUGCUUUGAGACUGAGCCGAAGGUCGACUACGACAAAUUCCAUCGCCUCGCCGGCCUGGCCUCCGCCCACUCCGCGCGCGAACUGCUGCGCGUGACGAAGAAGAAGUUGCGGGAGGAGUAUGGGGAUCCUUCUUCCGACGUCACCGCCUUUGGCAAGGGUACGGGGACGCCGAAGGCCACGCCGUCAAAGGCGACGCCGAAGAAGAACACGCCCAUGCCGGCUGCUAAGGGUACGCCGAUGACGGGGACGGGGAAGAAGAGGGGGAGGAAGGCGGCUGGGGAGACGGAGGGGGACGGUGUGAACGGCGAGGAGGGGAAGGAAGAUGGGGACGAUGAGGAGAGUCCGAGCAAGAAGGCUAAGAACACGCCCAAGGUCACGGUGAACGUGAAGAAGGAGAAGGAGGGUGGCGACGACGACUUCGGGUUCGCGGACUUUGAUUGA